UCAUCCGGUAUGUACCGCAAUGUAUAAUUACCAAUUUUAUUAAUUAUACUUUUGUAUAAAAAUGGUUUUAUGUCGAGCUGGCGUUUAGUUUCUUGUGGACCGUUUAAUUAUUAGGAUCAAGCAUACCAGCAAAAUGAAAAGAUUUCUUUUGGCUGCUGUCCUGUUGACAGCAUCGUCCUUUGUACGAUCCGAUGUUAGUGAACUAUAUUUGCCACCGCAUCAUGGCAGCAGUCAUUCAAAUCAUGGCAGCAGCCAUUCAAGUCAUGGCAGCAGCCAUUCAAAUCAUGGUUCAACGCCUAGCAAACACUUCCUUCCUCCAGCUACCAGUUAUGGUGUGCCCAGUGCAAUUACAUCUUCAAGUCAUGGUGCAUCACAUGGUGGUUCAUACGCUGAUGGACUAAGCAGUGGAGGCUCUGCGCCAGCUGUUGUAACCCAUGUUCACAAUGGUGGUCAUUCUGUGGUGUAUGUUGGCACAAAUCAUGGUCAUGAAGGUGCUGGUAGCAGCCAUUAUAAUCAUUAUGCUGCACCCGCCAGUGCCAGUGAUUCUUAUCAGCCUAAUUAUGAAGAAGAUCAUUCGCAUCACCAUCAAAGUCACGGCGAUCAUUCGCAAUAUCAUCAGGAUGGUCAGGCAUCACAGGUGGCAGCCUCAUCAAAUGUUGCGCCCCAAACUGUAGCCGCUCCAGCAGUUCAGUUGGUUGCACAAGCUGCGUAUCCCCAACCAAGUGGAAUCUCUGCAUUCAGUUAUAUUAUUCCAACGUUUAGUUAUUUCGUACCAGCUCAAAUUCAAUCCCAACUAGCCACAGCCGCUUCUACACUUACUAGUCAAACAUCAGGUCAAAUUGAGCUCGGUGGCGCAAAGUACGCCACCAAUGGUGGAUAUGCUCACAAGAAAUAGACUGUAAUAAAUAUAGAAAAGUUGAAAUUAUGAAAAAA